AUGCUUGGAGCUGCAUUUUAUAUUCUCGUUUACUAUCUCCCGAUAUGGUUCCAAGUAAUCAAAGGUGCCUCCGCCGUACGCUCGGGGAUUAUGAACCUCCCCAUGCUCGUAUCGCUGAUUGUGCUCUCCAUUCUCAGCGGUGCCUUAGUCUCUGCCAUGGGAUACUACACUCCCACUAUGAUCAUGGGCUGUAUCCUGGUACUCAUCAGCACCGCGCUGAUGACCACCUUUACUCCGGACACUGGGACCGUAAAAUGGGCUGGCUACCAAGUCAUCAUGGGUGCUGGAAUUGGCAUGGGGGCGCAGCAAACUGUCCUCGCUAUGCAGGCUUCACUACCCGCUCAAGACGUGCCUGUUGGUACGGCUCUGAUGAUAUUCUAUCAGACGCUUGGAGGUGCUGUCUUCCUGAUCGUGGCGCAGAAUAUCUUUCAGAAUGAGCUGGUGAAGAAAUUAACCGCUAAGAAUAUUCCGGGUGUAGAUGCGAGCAGUGUGGCCGCUGCGGGAGCGACGGAGGUUAGGAACCUAGUGCCCGCCCAGUAUCUGGGAGAGGCGUUAGAGGCGUAUAAUGCAGCGGUGGUGAGGACGUUUUAUAUCUCGGUUGCGUUGGCGGGAGUAGCGGUUUUGGCAACAUUUGUGCCGGAGUGGAAGUCGGUGAAGACGGGGGUGAAGAAUAGAGACGAGCACGACAAUGUCGAAUGCGGAGGGAAUGAGAUCGUGUAG